UACAACAGGGCCGGCGCGUGCGCAACACGCGUUCGAAUUUUAAAACCGAUGCGAUCGCGAACGCGACUCCGUUUUGUCUUCUAAUCUCUUUUGUUCCGACAAUUUGUUUAAAUGGAAGUAUUGGGGACACUUGUAGUUUACCAUUGUGACUACACCAGAUAAGAUGCUUUUAGAGUUCCUUUGUUGAAGCACAAUAUAAGGUUUAGUUCUACUUUCGUAAAAUUUAAAUAACACUGUGAGUCAAAAUUUCAUAGGAGUAAAAUAAUCUCAUUGUUACAUUGGACUGAUAAGACCGAAGAAGUAGAAGGGCCACCUGAAGAUCUCAUUUCUGUGAUGAACAAUGCUUAAACAAGAACUUCUCCUGUUGAUAUGGGCAUGCAGUGCGCUGGCCGCAUUGGACGGCUACAGUCCGCAACAGGACCCCGAUCAGUUCCACAUUCAAACGGAUGAAGACGAUGAGCGCUACUUCCUUUACCAAACUCACAACGGUCAAUAUCGUAAAGAGAGAAGGCUGAAAGACGGCUCAGUUGUAGGAACAACUGGAUGGGUAGGCGCAGAUGGAUUCCUGAGGUUGCAAGACUACAUUGCUGAUGACCAGGGAUACAGAAUUUACAAAUCUAAGACUGUCUAUGUCGGAUUGAAUCGACCUAUUGGAGAGUCAAUUAAAAUGGCAAAGACUGCACCUACUGAUUCCGGGUUUGGAGUCACACCCGCGCCGCCGCUACAUCGCACCAACGCGCCUGCGCGAAGCAGCACCACAACACAACCCCCACCGACACCUACAACGGCGCACCAGCCGCCUCAGCAGUAUCCGAGCGAAGUCUCCAUUACUCCAACACCAUAUUCCUACCCCGCGCCCACUUCAACCCCACACGUCGAAGUAUCACCCAACUCUAUCGAUACAUCAACGACAUAUAAUUUAAAACCAACUGUACCACCGAUUACAGCCGAAGAUGCAUCUCCUUCCCCGAGCCCUUAUGAUUAUGACAAUACGAACACAAUCGACGACCACUACUACGCUAGUGACAGCUCACCUUAUAGACGAUAUGAUGUAUACAACCCUAACUCUUAUCGACAUGCUGACGAUUGGACGCGUCGAUAUCAAGGCAACGUGCGAGUCGGUGAUGGUUACACCCCACAGUUCCCAGGAUACGAUGGUGUAGCGUACAGAAGAAACGGAUUUAGGUACUACCUGCCAAAGCAGUACCACGAGGAAGCUACCCAAGAUGCGAACGAACGAAUCGGAAGCUUCGGUUACGUAGAUCCGUUUGGUAUUCGAAGAGUUAUUUAUUACAACACGUCACCAGGCGAAGGUUUCCAAAUUCGUAAGAACAACAGAUACGUAGGCCACGAUGCGACGCCUUACGAUCCCAGACCUGUUCAGUGAAUUCGAGUCAUUAUUUGUGUAAA